GUUACUACAGAUACCCGAAGAAGUUUGCGCCGACCUGUCGCUGCUGCACCUAUGAGUUUCCACGUUGAUGAAUAGCCGCGGCCCGCGCGAGACAAACGAGCCGAUUAUGUCGAGAUAAAGAGCCUGCCUCGCGCUCAGUCCGAUAAUGGCAUGCGAUGGUUCAUCCGCGGAGGAUUUCCCGGACAAAGUGAUGCCUAGAGCGGCUCCCUGCACGUGCAACAAGAAGUGCAGGACUCGGACCAGCAGCAGUGUUGUCUUCCUGGGAUUAUUCCUGCUGUCUCUGUGUCUCCACGCUGUCACCCUCGUCUGCUAUCUGGACCUGCGCUCCGAAGUCAAAAGGGAAAUUAUCCACCAGAAGCGGGACUCCAUGUUGCCUCUUGCGGGGAGUGACCUGGCUGACCCGGCGGCGGCGCUCUCGCCCGGACACCCGCGCCUGGACCCCGGGAGCAGCCGCGGCGGAGAGGGUCAUGAGGAGAAGUUACUGCACAGAAAUAGUGAAUUCCUUGCCACAGAGGAUCACAGGGGGAUAACUCAGCGAUCGAAAAGGAGUCCUGGCAAGCAGCCAGAAACAGAAUCAACUGGAAAGGAAAGGAGGAAAGAGAAGAAAAAAGGGAAAAAGAGGUCAGUGCCAGGGCCUCCUGGUCCCCCUGGUCCUCCGGGCCCACAGGGGCCACCGGGCAUACCUGGAAUCCCCGGUAUUCCUGGGAGCAACGCUGUGGGGCCUGCAGGACCCCCUGGACCCCCCGGGCCACAGGGACCUCCGGGCAGUCAAGGUCCAUCAGGGGUUCCCGAUAGGACGAAAACAAAGGAAUUCCAGCCUGCAGUGGUUCAUUUGCAGGGGCAAGAGACGACAAUCCAAGUGAGAGAAGAUCUUUCUGAAGGCAUCCUUAGGAACUGGAAGAUGGUGUCCAUCCAUCACCGCGUGUUUAAAAUGCACUCUCGCUCUGGAGAGCUAGAGGUGCUGCUGGACGGGGUCUACUUCAUAUAUAGUCAGGUAGAAGUGUACUACCUCAACUUCACCGACAUUGCCAGCUAUGAGGUGAUGGUGGACUCCAACCCGUUCCUGCGCUGCACCUGCAGCAUCGAGACGGGACAGCGCAAGUUCAACACCUGCUAUACGGCUGGUGUGAGCCUGCUGCGUGCCGGCCAGAGGAUCUCCAUACGCAUAGUGUAUGAGGACACACUCAUCAGUAUGACCAACCAUACCACUUUCCUGGGAAGUGUCAGACUUGGAGAGGCUCCAUCUGCUGGACAGAACUGAUAACUACACACCACAGCAGCACUCAUAAAAAGGGAAAAGUUGCUCACUGAGGUUAAAUCAGAAGCAACUGUCCAGCCAAAGUCUUUCCCCUGUUAAGGAAAACGUAAAACUUGAGGAGCUCCUGGCCAAUUUUGUCCACUUUCACAAUUCUGUAUUAAAAAAGGACGAUAUAAACUGUUUUGCUUCCCCUCAAACGUCCUCAUCAAACAAAAGAGUCUAUUUAUAGUCACCAUUUUGUGUCAACACAGACGGCAUCUCUAUAACAAGGAAGGACACUGCGCUGACAUAUACUAAAUAUUUACAUAUUUUAAGUGCUGUUGAAUGAUAAUCUUGUAUCUCCAAAAACACAAGCUACUCAAAAUGUUUUAUUUGCAAUUCGUAUACUUGGCCUUUUAACUAAUUUAAUUAUAUUAACAGUUAUACAUAAGUGGUUUAACAAGGGGUAUAAAGCUCCAUAUGCCCCUGGGUAAUAAAAAUGAUUAAAAGAGCAUUUGAAUGUUCAAAGCAAGUAGAAAGGUAUCCAUGCAGAGCCGAGAAAAACCCAUUAAAACUGGAGUUAUAAGGUAUUCACAGGGCAACAGCACUAUAUAUUUUGCACACAUUUGCACUACAGCAUCCCUGCAGAAUAUCAGCGAUAUGUUUUGUUACAGUGCUAUUGUUUAGCUACAGCAUGAGUGAAUCCAUGUGGAAAAAUGAUAGUUGUUUAUACGUCUCUGUACAUAUUGUAUAUAAAAUGGGAUAUACUUUUGUAAAUGGAGUUGAUUGAUGGAUUAAAAUGUUUCAUUUUCUGUCUAAA